GAUAUCAAAGACGAGGAGGAAUUCGAGGACUACAAUGAUGCAGACGGAAACAUUCCCUUCUCUCCUUCGGUGAAAAGCACAGCGACGACUCCCAGCCGCAGUGGCCGCCGCGCCGAGCGCCGCGCACGGCGUCGGCGUGAGGCGCAGAAGGCUGCGCAGCAGCAAGUGAACUCGAGGGGACCCACUGCCGUCACCUUCGCGGAGCUUGGCGUGGAAUGUAGCCAGAGCCCGACGCAGACCUACACAGGCCCCGGCACGGUGCCCUCUCCAGGGGCGGAUGGUAAUUGGCCAGGUAUCAUGAGCACAGCACCCGCGGACCAGCCCAAGCAGGGCCUUUUCCUGCCACCAGGAGCCUUGGGGUAUCCUGGCUGCCCGUCUCCGACAUCAAAGCCUUCCUGCGACGCGUCUGCGAGGGGUUACCCAUACGCCUCGCCUAACGCCGCCGUGGCCUCGCCUGACGUCUCGGCAAAGCGCCUGUUGCUUGCGACUUCGCCAAAGGCACCAUUCGGAGGCGAUGCAUCCUCGCGGACACCAUGUCGCUCGCCGCCGAGCUGGACAGCAGAUGUUCCGUCUCCGUGCAGGUCCCGUAUGAGCAUGCGCAGUUUCGUCAACGCCCAAUCUCCCAGCAGUGGAGGAGGCCUGGUGACCUCACCCUCGGUGAACCCGGGACGGCGAGGUGGCAAUAAAGAGCCAUGCCUGAGCCCGGCGAGUCCGGAGGUGACCACCCUGCGCCAGCUUUUGGGAUCACAAGCCGAGCUGGAGGGAACACGAGAAGAACUGGCUGCUCGUCUGCAGGCGGCGGCUCCAGAGAGCUAUGAAGACUGA